AUGUCUCGUUUCUUUGGUGGUUCAGAUUCUGACUCUGAAUCCACAUCAUCAGAAGAGGAACAAGCACCACAACGAAUUACAACCAACUUAUUUGCCCAGAGCGAUGAUGAAGAUGAUGUCAAAAGAGUGGUUAAAAGCCAUAAGGAUAAACGGUUGGGAUAUGACUGUGAUUGUUUGCUACACGCUUUUAAUUUUGAACUCCUUGGGAAAAUCUAUCAGAAGGCAAAGAACAUCAUUGAUAAAACGGGUAUCCCUAAAUUCUAUGUUAAGUACUUAGUAGAAUUGGAAGACUAUAUUAAAGAGAUAUGGGAUGAUAAAGAUACUAAGAAAAAGCUAAGUAAAAUCAAUGCAAAGGCUUUAGGUGCAUUGCGUCAAAAAAUGAAGAAGUAUGUUCGCGACUUUGAAAAUGAUAUGGCUGCGUAUCGAGAGAAUCCCGACGUGGAUGAAGAUUCAAAUGUAUCAGGUGAAGAGGAAGAUGAAAGUGAUGAAGAUAUGGAUGAUGGAGAUGUUAUGGACUUUACAAAAAAGCCAGAAAAUACGACUGGUCGCAGCCAAUUUUUGAAAUCUGGCAGCAGUGAAAGCGAGAGUGAUGGCGAUGACUGGAGUGCUUCUGAAGAUGAAGAUGAUGGGUCUGAUAAAGAAGGUGGUGGUGGUUCAAAGGCGACAGGCCCUAGCAUUUUCUUAAAGUCCACCGCCGGAACCGUAGCAAGAGAUAGCAAAAGAAGGAAAGGAAAAGGAUCGAAGCAAGUAGCUCCGAAAGAUGAUAACGAAUUAUCGGCGGAAGAAGCAAAAGUAUCAAAAGAUAAAUCUCCCGACAAGGCCUUAUUUGGAAAAGAUGCAGAAAUUACAAAUGAAUCGGUACUGGUUAAAGUUCAGGAGAUUGUAGCUGUCCGAGGGAAAAAGUCUACGGAUCGUCGUGAAGUUAUCAACACCUUCAAGGAAUUAUUACAGAUCACAUCGCGCGAAAAUUUAUCUACUGCCCUCUCUGUAAAGAUACUUGUUGGAUUGAUAUCAGCAAUUUACGAUAGUGCUGUUGCUGUCCUCGUAAAUAGCAUGAAGCAAGAGUACUGGAAGAUGUGUACCGAAUUCAUAGUCACUUUGGUGGAUAUGCUGUUAGAUCAUCCUGAGAUUACUACUGGCAUGAAUAUACCAGAGGAAUCUGAAAAUAUUAUUGAUCCGAAUCUUCCAUACCAAGUACGAGGAUGUGUAGUUACCUUGGUGGAAAGAAUGGACGAUGAAUUUACUAAGAUUUUACAAUCAUGUGAUGCACACUCUCUGGAAUAUGUUCAGAGAUUGAAGGAUGAAAGUAUCGUUACAGCAAUUAUUAAGAGAACUCAGAAAUUAGUAGAGAAAAAUAACUUUCCUGCGUCUGAUACUUGCAAAGUCUAUUUACGAAGAAUUGAGCAUAUGUAUUAUAAGUAUGAUACUUUACUGGCCAAGACAACGUCCAAGAGCGAAAAUAAUGACGAUGAUGAAGAAAAAAGUGAACCCAAAGAAGAAGAGGAAGGCACGAAUAAUUCUAAAGAAGAAAUGGCACGACUAUGUAACUACAUUUACAAAAGAGAUCAAACAGAAAGAAUUCGUACUCGAGCCAUGCUUUGUCAAACGUAUCAUCAUGCCAUACAUGAUCGUUGGACUGAUGCUAGAGAUCUUAUGCUAAUGUCACACUUGCAAGAAUCAAUUCAAUUUUCAGAUAUACCUACGCAAGUAUUAUAUAAUCGCACUAUGGUACAGUUGGGUUUGUGUGCUUUUCGUCAUGGAAUUAUUAAAAAUGCUCACAACUGUUUAGUUGAGUUACAAGUCACAAAUCGUGUUCGAGAGUUAUUGGCACAGGGUUUUUCUCAACGUCAAUCGGAUAAAACGAAAGACCAAGAAAAGCUCGAGCGCCAACGACAGAUACCAUUUCAUAUGCACAUAAAUACAGAGUUAAUAGAAUGUUGUUAUCUUACGUCAGCUAUGCUCCUGGAAAUUCCUUAUAUGGCUGCUCAUGAGUAUAACCGCCGCAGGCUUAUAAGCAAAAAUUUUCACUUUCAGCUAAGGAAUAGCGAACGUCAGACACUUGUCGGACCACCAGAAAAUAUGAGAGAACAAGUAAUAGCAGCCGCCCAUGCUAUGAGAACUGGUGAUUGGAAAGCAUGUAGUGAUUAUAUCUUAAGAAUUAAGGUUUGGGACCUUUUCACGGAGCCUGAAACUGUUAAGGCGAUGCUACUAAAGAAGAUCCGUGAAGAGAGCCUUCGAACUUACUUAUUUACGUACGGUGGAGUUUAUAGUUCACUAAGCCUAAGUAGCUUGUCAGAAAUGUUCGGAAUGGAAUCUUCCGAUGUUUACAGAACUAUCAGUAAAAUGAUUAUGAAUGACGAAUUGCAGGCAUCAUGGGAUGAACCGACAGAAACUUUAAUGAUGCAUAAAUGUGAACCAACAAAAUUACAGAACUUAGCUAUUCAAAUUGCCGAUAAGAUAUAUGCCUUAGCCGAUACGAAUGAGAAAAUUUUACAUGAAAGGCAUGGAUACCAGAUAAAUAAAGGUAGAGUGAUCGUUUCAGAUUGGCGAGAACAAAGUCGAGAUAGACGUCGUGUUCAACAAUCGCAGAAUGAUGAAAACUGGUCUGGGAAUAAAGGUAAUCAAGGAAGAUCUGGAAAGGGUUCAGGCAAUCGCAACAAACGUAAACAUGGUGGAAAGUAA